AUGGAUGGGCAGCAUUUGGAAACUCCACGCAGCCACACCACAGCUGAUAGGGCGUCAUCCGCCAUGUCCCAGAACCCCAGAAUCUCCUCCCACACCUCCGAAUCCAUGAAGGACCUGUCUUGCAGGAAGGUACCUCAGAACUCUGCCCACAGGGACAGACCGGCACACCCCACAACCACCCUGCUGAGCAAGUCGCAUAUCAGCCAGGCUGCCCUGGGGCCCCAGGAGCACAGCGUGUUCCUGAAGGAAGCCUCCAACGCAGCCAUCUGCUUCAAGAUGCUCCGAGACCUGAACGGUGUAGACCCCUACCACCUGAAGUACAUCAUCAACAAGAUCAAGGACAUGGCUCAUGAGGCCCCCGACCUGGUGCUGGAAGCCAUUCAUCACUACUUUAUAGAUAACCCUGAGAUCUCCAACCAGCACAAGCUCCAGCUGCUCCACACCCUGGAGACCGUCAUUGGAGCCAGUGACUCCCUGGAGGAGAGAUGGAGGGAAAUCUUCAUGAAACUGGCCCUGGAGAACAUGACCAAGUCCACGGAGCUGGAAGAGGUGUACCAGAACGCAGCCAGCAAUGUGCUGGUGGCCAUCUGCAGGCAUUCGUGGCAGACGGUGACCCAGCACCUGGAGACUGAGGUCCUGACGGGCGUCUUCCCACACAGAAGCCUUCUCUACGUGAUGGGCACCCUGACCUCUAACCAGAAGCUCUUCAGCGAGGGAGAGAAGGCAUGCUGGGAAGAGCAGCUGACCCAGAUAGCAGUCAAGUCCGUCCAGUUCCUGAACACCGACAUGUGGUCCAAGGAGCUGCUGUGGGCACUCACCAAGCCUGACCGGACACAUUAUGAGCAGCCCCCAGAGAAGGCCUUCCUGUUCGUCUACUAUGGGCUGAUCCUUCAAGCUGAGGAGAACAGCGCCAUGGUCCGGACACACCUGCAAAGCCUCCUGGAGACGUCCCACCAGUGGUCCAAGCAGAGGGAGGGCAUUGCUCUCACCGUGGGGCUGGCCGCAGCCCGCCACCUGGACCACGUGUGGGCCAUCCUGGAGCAGUUUGGCCAGAGCGCACCCAUCAAGAGGAGCCUUCACAGCUUCUCCCCAAAGACUUCAAAGGACCUGCGAUGGAAGUGGGCCACCAGCACCAUCCUCCUCGCCUAUGGUCAGAUGGCGGCCAAGGCCAAGGCCCACAUCCUCCCGUGGGUGGACAACGUCUUGUCACGCAUGAUCUUCUAUUUCCACUGCAGCUCCUGGGACGAGACCCUGAAGCAGAGCUUCCUCACGGCCAUCCUCAUGCUGGUGGGGGCCGUCAGCCGCAGUGAGGGUGCCCACAGCUACGAGUUCUCCCAGCUCUCCCAGCUCUUCGAAUGUCUGAUGGCUUUGAUGGAGAAGGAACCCCCGGACUCGCUGUGCUCGUCGACUCGCGAGCAGACCAUCCACAUCAUCUCCAGCCUCUGUAAGCUGAGGCCAGCCCUGGACUCGGAGAAGAAGUCACGGCUCCUGUCCAUCUGCCUCCACAGCGUGCUGGCCCUGCCACUGCUGGAUGUCCUGGAGAAACACGCCUGCCUCUUUCUGGAGCCGCCCAACGUGCAGGGCUUGCGGCCCCCUGAUCGGUUCCUCGUCCCCACACAGACCCUCUACAGCAAGACCUCUGAGGCACUGGACAAGAUGCUGCAGACCUUCAUCACGCAGAACCCCACAGCGGACGAGCUGCAAUUCCUGCUGUCGCACAUGUACAUCUGGCUGGCGUCAGAGAAGGCGCACGAACGGCGGCGGGCUGCGCACGCCUGCACCGCCCUCCUCAAAUUCCUGACCCACAACCACUACCUGGACCCAAAAGAGGACUUCAAACAGAUCGGGCAGCUGAUGGGUGUGCUGGGGAUUCUGUGCCAGGACCCCGACAGGGCCACCCAGCUCUCUAGCCUGCAGGGGUUGGGCCAUCUCUACCAGCUCCUGCUGCGCCACAGAGCAGAAGCUUUGAGGGUGGAAGCACUGGUGCCGGAGCCGCUUUUCCAGGCCAGCGAGGAUGAAGACCCCCUCUGGAGCAGCGGGGACCAGAAAGACACUCUCCCCACCCCCCAGAAGGUGGCAUUCCCGAAGGACCGAAUCUUCCAGCUUGGCAGCUCCCAAGUCAUCAAGGAGGUCAUGAAGCAUCUCACGGUGGCAGAGCUGACCGACGUCACCUGGACGGCCAUCGACGGCCUGGACUCCAGCAGCACCUUCCACGUGCAGGCAGCCGCCAACAUGGUGCUCACUGUCGUCCAGGAGCACGGGGCCAAGCUAGAGACUGUUGCCAACCUAGGCCGGGCCAUCCACCUGCAGCUCCGCUGUGGCCGCGUCCCCCAAGCGCAGGAAAAAGCCCUCCGCGCCAUCACCCUGCUGGCCCGGAACCACACUGCCGAGCUUGUGGCCACCUUCCUGGACGUCUCCGUCCCCCUGAACAGCCGUGCUUUCCAGCUGUGGAGGGCCCUGGGGGCUGAGCAGCGCGUGAGCCGCCGGGUGCUGGUGGUGCUACUGGCCUUGCUACAGGAGCGGCCCCUGCCCAUCGGGGCUGAUGACAGCAGCCCCCAGCCCAAGGAGAAGACCUAUCUGCGCUCGCUGGCCGCCAUGAACAUACUGCAUGAGCUACAGCUCACACGAGAGUUCGAGAAGGCCAUGCAGGAGGCCUACCCGCAGCUGCUCCUGGCCUUUCUCGCCCAGAUACACUACAUGCUGGAGCUGAGCCUGCCUACAGGCCCCCAGCGGGACCAGCAGGCCCCGGAGGCAGCCACGCCCAGUCCCCAGAGCGCCAUUGGCCAAGGGGUCACCCUUAGCUGCAUGGAGGCUGGGAACCCUCUCUUUCUGGGCAUCCCUGUGCCCGGCUACAGCGGGCGUCGUCUUAGCAAGGAACAAGAGGCAGCUGGGAACGGGUUCAUCUCGGCUGGCCCAGCGCACGUGGCUGGAUGUCCGUGUGUGGCUGAGCGAGAGCCCAUAACACAGCAGGGACAUCCGCCUGGCCACCGCAAGCCCCUGGAGGCAGACGGCCUUCUGGUCCCCAUGCCCAUUUCUCUGGACACCGCCCCUCUGCUCCCCCGCAGGAUGUCGCUGGAGGCACUGAAGAGCCUGCUGACCAGCAUGGGGCACUGGCAGGACUUGGCCCAUCUGGAGCUGCAGGGCGCCUGGGAGCUCUUCAGUACCAUCCACACCUACCCGCAGGGCGUCAGCCUCCUGGCCAGGGCCAUGGUGCAGAACCGCUGCCAGCAGAUCCAGGAGGUGCUCAUCCAGCUGCUGCCCACCCUGCAGAGCCAGGAGGAACGGGAGAGGAAGGUGGCCAUCCUCAUGCUCACGGAGUUCCUCUACAGCCCCGCCCUCCUGGAGGUGCUCUCCAAACAGGACACCCUGAAUGUGCUGACCCGAAGCCUCAGGGACCCCAGCCCCGAGGUCCGAGUGCUGAGCCUGCAAGGCCUAAGGAGUGUCCUCUUCCACCCGGACCAGGGAAGCCUGCUCCGCGGACAGCUGCCACGCCUCCUCAACGGCUUCUUCCAGAAGAAUGAGCCGGUGGUGGAGCUCAUCAUGGGCACCGUGUCAGACGUGCUGCACCGCCUGGGCGCCUGUGGUGUGGGGGUCCAGUGCCUCAGCGUCGCCAUCAACGCCCGCUCCUUCUUUGAUGACGAGCGCGACAGGAUCCGGGCAGCGGCCAUGGCACUGUUUGGGGACCUGGUGGCAACGAUGGCAGGCAAGGAGCCAAGCAGCCUGCGAACCCAGGUGUACCAGAGCAUGGUGCCCCUGCUUCUGCACCUGAAGGACCGCUGUCCGGCAGUCAUCACGCAGGCCAAGUUCGCCUUCUACCGCUGCGCGGUGCUGCUCCAUUGGCCGCUGCAGCACACCCUCUUCUGCUCGCUGGCCUGGGAGAGGAGCAUCAGUGCCCGCCACUUCCUCUGGACCUGCCUGAUGACCCACAGCCAGGAGAAGUUCAGCAUCCACUUGGCACAGGCUCUCAGCCACCUGCACAGCCCCCAUCACCACAUCAGGACCUGGGCAGCACUCUUCAUAGGUUACACCAUCUGCUACCACCCCCAGGCAGUGUCCCAGAUGCUGAAUGACGCCGACAGGAAGCUGCUGCUCUGCACUUUCGAAGAUCUCAAAAAAGACCCGGAGCCUGGCCUCCGGGAAUUCGCCACCAAGCAGUUCUGCUUCCUUCAGCAGGUGGCAGCCAGACCCCAGUGA